UUACGGCCAUUACGGACAUCCAUAAUAGAAGGUCCAUCACAAUUUCCCUACCUUGGAAAUUGGGAAAUUCUCCAUUACGGCCAUUACGGCCAUUACGGACAUCCAUAAUAGAAGGUCCAUCUCAAUUUCCCAACCUUGGAAAUUGGGAAAUUUUGCAUGACGAAUAUAAUACCCUAUGUGAGUGACAUCUUGAUUGUUUAGUGGGUCAAAAAUGAAUUUCCCGGAAAACGCUAUAACGCAUCAAAUCGAGAUCGCAAACAGGCACACCUGCAAUCGUUUUAUUCUAAAAGUGCAGAAAUAUUUCUGAGACUUUGCGUGAAUAUGCAGCGUUUUUUAGACGCGAUGCAUGUUAUUUUCGAAAUGAGAAAAAAUCAAGAUUUACAAUUUGCACAAAUUGUUGAUCGAACAUUCGGUACAAAAGCAAAGUUUUAUAUCGACAAGCAUUUAGUUUUCAAUAAGCGUUCAAAUGGUGAGCUCAUCAGUUAUGUUGCAUUAGAAACAUGUCAUAUCACUGCAAAUUUAUUCGACAAUUACUUAUUCAAAAAUAUUUUAAAUUUGUUCAACUUAGACCAUUCAGUAAGUCAAACAAGUAUGCCUUCCACUCAGUUUCGUACAUUGGUUGAAGAAAAGCCAUCAAUAGAAAAAAGAAUAUUACAGUUACCGUAUCAGUUUUUUCUUCGAUCUGAUUUGAAACAACCUGCAACAAAUGCCAAUGGCAAACGAAUUAAUGCUCCUUUCCAUCACGUAGACAACAACUUAUUAAAUAAUACUAUUACUAAAUUAGUUGAUCAAAGACUACUGAGCACAGGAUAUUUCAUUUCUCGACCAAAAGCACAGCAAACUCGUUCCUUCAUGAAAAAUCCAAUACCUAGUGAACCAUUGGAAAAGGAAGAAUUUAUUCAACACUUGGAAUCAUAUAAGAUUAACGCGGACGAAUAUCAAAACUCGCUUACUCGUUCAGAGCUGCCUGUGAACUGCAAUCUUCUUCCUGAGGCUAAACAAUUGUUAACCACCAGAGCUGAGCAUCGUGAUGAUUGCAUAAAGUAUGGUAUAACAUUGACAAAUCCAGAAUGUACACAUGUUCUUGGCAUAGCUGAUCUAAGAAAACUUUCGAUUUUAGUGAACGUGGGCAGUACACAUGCAUGUGAUGAUAUGAUUCCAUUAAAUUUCGAAAAUAUUCCUGGUGAUUCAAAUGCUCGAAAUUUAUUUAUUGAAAUGCCUGUUGCUGUAACAACAGACAACGAAUGUACCUCCGCAAGGAAUGUUGCUUUAAAUUCCGACCAUGAUUUAAACGUUCUUUCGCAUUGCAGUGAAGAACUCUUGGGAAACGAUUUGGAUAUGAUACAAGUGGAACAAGUACAAGUGAUUCAAUUGAUUGAGAGCAAGAAUAAAACGCAUGAUGUGCAGUCGAAAGAUUGUAAUCGUGGCUGUGAAGGAUUGGAUUGCCGAUCAAUGCAGUCAAUCGAUCGAAUUGGAUCAGAACCAGCUGGAACAACAUCAUCACAUAUUCAUCCACCGGAAAUAAAAUCUUGUGUUCGGGCAAUUUUACAAUAUCCAUCGAUAAUUUUAACUUCGUCUGAUAUUGCUCUUGCAACUCGGCAUCACACAGCCAUGAAUCGUCAGCGUUGUAUUCAAUCAAUGCUUGAUAAAGGGCUUUUAAAGGAGGAUAACUAUUUUGUUCGAAAGCUGUCGAAAUCCGUGAAGGUAACGAAGGGUUUUGCUAAAAAAGUACCAUUGGUGGAUGAUGAACAGUCACGUUUUAAUUUCAUAAUUGCUUUAAAUGAGUUCGGGAUUUCAUGGGAUUUAUUCAAAUCUUUUUUCGAUCUCACAAGAAAUGGCUUCCAUACAACGACACAAUUAUAUUUGAAUCAAACAGCUGAAUUGCUGCUGGACUCAGAUGAUUAUCGUUCUUACGUAUGCUAUGAUAAAUCUAUGAUAUUCCGUCCGCUUGAAAAUGCAAUAAUAGAACAGGAUGAAUUAGAAUAUGGAGACAAUGUCACAGAUUUAUUUCGUGGAUAUUUAUUGUAUUCUACGGAUGUUGAUCAAUUGGUAACUGAUUAUCAAAAAUUGACUAAUCACUCAAUUGUGUUCAAGAAAAUUGAACCAAUGUCGAAGAAAUGUCUUGUUUGUUCACAAAAUGAUGGUGUAUUACCCGUAUAUCAAGUAUCAAAAACCUUUUUGUUUAACGAUAACGUUUUGGAACAAUGCAUUAUUUUGUAUUCACACUGCAAAAUAUGUAAAUGGUCAUAUUAUCCAAAUAGUCAGAGGAAUGAUGUUGUUCGAAAGCAGUUCAUACGAAAAGAUCAAUUUCUCAAUGCUGAUGCAUUUUACUUUGGCGGUGAAUGUGUUUAUUCUCGCAGAAUCUUUUUAUCGUUUACCACAGCUUUAUUAACAAUGAGAGCUUCUUUCCAUGGGUUUGUUACAUACUUCAAUAGUAUAUUUACAAAUAAAACAACAUUUUCGGCUAAAAAGCUGGAUGAAAAAAAUUUUCAAAUCAACUGGAUUAUUUAUUCUGUUUUGAAGUUAUUGUUUCAGUGGAGUAAUGAAGAAAUUAUUGAAAUUCCGUAUUCUUUAUAUGAUAAGGAUCAGGCGAAUGCCUUUUUUGAUCGACAUAAAUGUCAACUUUAUUCUGAAUUCGUUAAACAUUGGUCAAAUCAAACAAUGCACACAACUGCAAAUUGUACUGCUCGCUGCAAUGAUAUACUGAUAGUCGAUGGACAUAAAAAAACUGCUCGAACAACUUGUAGAUUCAACAACUGCUAUGAUAACACUAUUGUGGAGUUAGGGCCAGUGCUUGUAGGAUGUCCCAAGUCAGUUUUCAAUACACGUACGCAUCCGAGUGUUAUUACUUUUCUAGAUACUAUCUAUUUUCAAAUGCUUCUAGAAGUCGAUUCGAAUUCUCUUUGCAAAAAGCAUUUUGAAAUAGUCGCAGAUCGUGGUGUUUGUGCUAUGGAGUUUGAUGCGUCGGAUGAUGUAACAGAAGAAACAUGCAAUGUUAAGCGGAAUGAGUUAAGUGACAAUCCAACUCGAUCAACAACUUAUGGGUUUUUUGGUUUCUUUUUACUCGUGUGGAAUAGUUGCCGGGUUUGA